AUGGUCAGUGGAGCAAUCAAAUGGCAUGACGCAAUUAGUAAUGCCAUAAAGGUAACACUGUCCCUCGCUGAGGAACUUGAAUCAAAGAGCGACUCGAUAGCACUAUCAUUAGUUAAUCUACAACCAGGGAAAAAAGAUUCCAUUCAAAAAACAUGCAAGGAGUCUUUCGAGACAGUGAUUGACAUGAUUAAGGAGGGACAGACUGCUCAUGCAGGUGGUGACCAUGGCACAUUGAAAACCAAAUUAAGCGCAGCGUUAGAUACAGAGUGCGUUGAUGAACUUUCAAAUGCUGUUGCUACUUUCCCUCUAGCAAAGAGGGCUAAGGAACUUGAUACAAAAGUAUCUAUCUGUUUGGCGAUAACAGCUCAACCUGCAUAG